CUCAUUACUUACAAUUAUUGACCGGUUGUCGUCUUAGGCUGAGACACCAUGCUAAAGUACUGUUCAUUGGGUAGUUAGCCUUACCUGAGUAGUUGAGGCUUUAGGCCUUCUGCGUCACAGGCCCCUGGGGCCCGCCUCCAAAUGCGAUGGCUGCGCUGUUGCUUCCGGGUUUCUACGCCACCGGUUAACGACAGUGGUUUGGGCGUGGUAGCAAGCGGCCGCGCCGACGACCUACAGCCAGACUUGCAGCCUGAAAAGACCUGGGGACCGUUUGGCUCAUUGUUAAUAGAGAACAAGGAAAAGGGAGCGAAUGGUCUCCAGGCAGGGGUUGCCAAUGUAUGCACCAGCCUUGCAAGUAUGGAGUGUUAUUCCUGGUCAGACCGCCUGUCUUUUAGCAUCGAUGCGGUCUCAGGGGGACUAGCAGACUUCACAAGUUUGGUUGUCUUCAGCGGCAAUGGGCGGGCCUGGCUCUUCUGCGGUAGUAAGCCCAAUGUCACCCAGCAAGGAGACGGGUGGCUGGACACGUUGUGUGAGCAGCUUAGUCUAAAGCAAUUAAAAGAAGUCUACGUGAUUGUCCAAACGACAUGCCAGGACUUAGGAGCGCAAAAGCCCCUGCCAUCCGUCUCUCUCCGCGCCCAUCCCUUGGCCUUGUCACCUGGAGAGCUUCUGGCGCUGCCCAUCUACCACCAGGGCCAGCGGUUGGCAGCAGCUUUGCUCCUAGGCUGGACUGCCACGCGCCAGAACACUGCAAAACCUCCGUUGCAGCCGCCGCUCCUAGCCUUGCUGACGCCCGCUUCACAACCCUUACUUCUUUCAGUGGACAGCGGGCGGCCCCAUACCGCAACCUUGCAGACCCCUAAGCCAGCCUUCAUUCCUACAGCGCUACAGAGCAGCACUGCCAUUGCCUCUAUCACAGUUACCUCCACCGCAUCCGGGCCUCGCCCCCUGUCUCCAUCAGUUCAGCCGCCCACGUCGCUGCCUUACCAGCAGCAACAGCAGCACUUAAGGGAGAGCUUGUACGACCUGCGCCGGCAGCAGCAAAGCCCGGGGGCAACGGAGCUGUCAGAGGAUGAUGUGCUGGAGUUGCAGCGGCUCGCACAGUUCCUGGGUUACGGCCUCUUCGCGGACCCAAACCAAUCGCGCUUCUUGGCUCAAGUCGCAUGGCACUUGUCCACCAUUGCAGCUAGCCUCAGCCUUUAUGACCUCGUAUGUGCCGUACUGGAAGCUGUACGGAGCCUUCUGAACGUGAAACUCUCGCUGCAUGCACAGCCCCUGCUCGUCGCAACCACGGCGGCUGUCGCGGCUAGCGGCAGCACUGGCGUGAAUAGUCCUGCAGUGGUGUUCAGUCUGCGUAAGGAGCAGCUGCAGCACAGAGCUCCAGCCGCUACGCUGACGUCACCUGCGUCGCUCGCGGCUCCGCACUCCGGCCCGCCCGAGCAUCAUGGAUCCGCCCCGCAUGCGUUACCCUCUGCCGCUGCGGCCCUGGCCGUCGGCGGACACUCCCACCAAGCCCUGCUCGCGGCAAGAGGCUCCUCAAACGGUGGGGGGGGAGUCGGCGGCAGCAAUCGGCUGCCGUACGCAUCUGCGCAGGCCCUGGCCAACAGCGCAGUGGCCCCAGACUCGGGUGCACAUUCCCGGUUCGGCCGCAUGAGCAGCAUAGCCAGCCUGCGUCUAAUGGGGGGCCCUGGAGAGGCUGACGGCGGCAGCGGCGGUGGCAUGGGUGGUAUGAGCGGCAAGUGCGGCUCCUCGGAGCCCUCGCGCAUCAAGGCCGUCCGCACCGCGCUGCCCAGGACGCUGCUGCUGAAGGCUCUGAGGGCCUCCGCGCAACAGCAACCCCCCGGGCCGCCAUCACCCCCACCGCCCUCCGCCUCCCAGCCACCCCCGACCCACCACCUCCCAAACAACCAACUGCCCCACUCCCAGCCUCUCCAAGCCACCCCCUCCCUCGACGCCAGCGCCGGCACCGCCGCCGCCUUGCUCCCACACCCGCAAGUCCCCACCAACCCCCUCCCCAACCCCUUCUCCCGAUCCCCCACCGGCCGCGCCCCUCCCUCCACGCUUGUCGUACCCGACUCUGGCGCGCACCUGCUAGAGGAGCAGCAGCUCUACCGCGACGUGCUGCUCGCCAGUGACCUGCUGGGCACCGCCUCGCCCGGCUCCAUGGUACUCAGCGUGGAGGGCCCCCCGCCGCCCACACCCCCGCCGCCGCCAGCAGCAGCCUACUCCGCCGGGGUGCCCUCCGCCGCCAGCGCCUCCGCUGCCGGCUUCGGCACCAGCGGCACCGCCUCCUGCGUCCCCUCCGCCGCCACCGCGCUCACAGGUCUGACCGGCACCGCCACCACCGGCACCGGCAUGGGCACCGUCAACAGCCUGACUGCCGACGGCGGGAUGCUGGGCGCGGCAGGGCGCAGCCCGCCGGCGCCGUGCAUUGACGAGGACAGCGUGGGCUGCGUGGCGGCGGGCGGCAGCGUGGGGGGCCACAGGGUGGCGCUGGCUGCUGCAGCGGCUGCGGCUGCUGCCGCCGCUCCUCCGCCGGUGCAGCUGGGUGUGUACCUGGUGUUCCCCGAGGUGCUGCCGGGGGGGCUGCUGGAGCUGGUGGCGGCGGAGCUGCGGCCCGUGACGGAGCACAUCUUCGGCGCCUUCCGCACCGCUCUGAGCGCCAGCAGCAGCGGCGGCGGCGGCCGUGUGGCGGCAGACUGGCGCUCGCUGUACGAGCAGUUGACCGGGAAGGUAGUUGCAGGCGGUGCCGUACCCUCCGUCGGCAGCAAGCCCGCCCUCGGCUCUCUGCUGGCCAGCGGCGGCGGCGGCAGCCUGGGUGCGCAGCAGUCCCCGCUGUGCCGCGCCCUUAGCGGCGGUGCAGGCGGCCACCUCACCCCGGGGACUCCCAACCUCAACAACGCAGGGCAUGGGGCCGUUUCCGAGUGCGGCGGCGCGCAGAAGCCAGCGAGCUGUCUCGGCACCAGCAGCCCACGCCUCGCAGCAGCCGCCAUGCACGGCGGCGGCGGCGCCGCACCUACCAGUGUAGGCGGCGGCGCCGCUGCUGCCGCCGUUGGCAGCUAUCGUGCGCUGGUUGGACCUCCGCUGCGCUCCGCCCACUCCACGGCUGCCCCCUCUGGCGGCCUGGGCGGCGGAGCCGUAGGCGGCGGAGGCGCCGCCACCCCUGCUGGUCAGGCGGUAGCUCGUCAGGCGUCCGGCGGCAAGUGGCCCGCUAGCCCGCUGGCGGUGCUGCAGCGGCGGCUGGCGGGUCUGGGAGUGCCGCCGGCGCCGCUGGGGGUGGCGGCGCUGCUGGGGGGUGGCGGUGGAGGCGGCGUGAGCCCCUUUGCGUGUGGCAUGCUGGACACGGCACCCAUGGAUUUGAUGACGGAGGGGGCAGCGGGUGGAGGCAUGGCAGGCGGCAGCAGCCUGCCCCGCCGCGGCUCCCCCGGCUGGCUGCUGCACUCGUCGCCGGACGUGCUGCUGGAGGAGGCGGCGGGCGGCGGCGGCGCGGAGGGGGCGGGCGGGGGCCUGCCUGCUGAGCUGCUGGUGAGCUCGCUGCGCUGCCGGCUGUCAGCAGCCAUGGCGGUGCAGGAGGCGAGCGAGCAGGCCAGGGCGCAGCUGAGUCAGGACCUGGCGGCGGUGGAGCUGCUGGAGGUGCUGGGUCGCGGCGGCCAGGGAGUGGUGUUCCGCGGCACGCUGCAUGGGCUGGAGGCGGCGGUCAAGGUGCUGGUGCAGCAGCCCAGGCAACACCAGCAGCAGGGGAGGC